GGGGAGGAGACCGAGUAUUUCGCCCCCUACGGAGCAACUACGGAAAGCAAGCAACAGCAACUCCAGAAGAAGCAGAAGCGCACCAGACAGCGCGUGGACGCCGGCGAGCCGCGCAACAACUAUUCGAGUAUACCGCACUUCACCUCCCGGCCAUCCUUCCACGGUGGUGGUCUAUACGGUUCGAUUUUCGGUGGCAACGGGCCAUCGCAUCCACAACCGCCACAGCAACAGCCGCAACAUCACCAGCCACAGUCGCAACAACAACAGCUCCAGCAACAACAGGCUGGAGCGGCCGGCAGUCAAGGUCACUUAGGCACAGCUACGACGGGUCCCACCGUUCAGCAGCAUUCCGCCCAAGCGGCAUUCGGUUUCUUCGGGGCACCGGGUUACGGCCCCGCCAAGAUGUUGAACGAGCUGCUCGGACGACAAGUCAAGCAGGCCAGUGACGCCGGUGGUUCACCGCCAGAGGGCGGCCACGGGAUGACUGGCGCCGGCAUGGAUUCCGCCGCGAAUUUGCAAUCGGGUACUGUGGUUAAUUGCGACGAUCCCGCCACCGCCGAGCUCACGCAGCACAUGCUUCGUGACAUACUGCAAGGGCGCAAGCUCGGCGCGCUCUCGGUACAGGAACAGCCGAACAACAAUAACAGUAUACACAGCAACAAUAACAACAACAAUACCACGGAUCUACUUAAAUCGCAGCAACAGCACCAGCACAGCCCUCAGCAGCAAAAUUGUGAUAGUGCGCGUAGUGGAACAGUGCAGAGUGGCGGCGAGGAGAGUGUCGACGGUAAUAAUAUCGUGAACAACGCGAGUCACAGUGAUCGUGAUACCGUGAUGCCGGGCGAUGCUGAGGAUAGCGCGGAGGACGCAGCCGCGGCUGCACGUGCUAUGGAGGAGGCGUUCGCCGAAGCGGGCAUGGAGCCCGGGGCCAAUUUGGACGGGUCGGACUGCGAACAAAGUUUACCGCCUAGUCCCACGCAGCCAAGGUCGGGAUCAGUUUCCGUCAAGGAGGAGAUACAAGACUCGUUGAAUAUCAAACGGAGUCCGAGUAACUCCCCUUGCCCGAUUGUGCCGAAGACAGAGACCAGCUCGCCCACGACUGAGAUCAAGCGCGCCCGUGUCGAGAACAUUGUCAGCACGAUGCGCAGUAGUCCUGCCCUCCAAACACCCGCGGUGAACGGUUGCAAGAAACGCAAGCUCUACCAGCCACAGCAGCAGACCGUGCACCACGUUCUCCAACACACCGUCAACGACAGCAUGAUAGACGACGAGGAGGAGAGCGAGGAGGAGGAGGACCCUUCGACGAUCAGGCAGAAGGAGAGGGAAAAGGACAAUCUGAAGAGUCAGCUGAAGUUGUUGCACGAGCAGCUGGCGGUGAUGCAGCAAAAAUACAAUGAGCUAUCGAGCAAAAUGGAUCCGGACACAAGCGAGAGCGGCGACGCACCCGCGAGUCCUCAGCAACAACCUCAACCUCAACCACCACCGCCUAGACCACCGCGACCUCAUCCACCGGCGUACAAUGGGCUCCCAGCCAUACCGCCCGAACACACGCAC